UCCAAGUCUCCCACGGAUUUCCUAACAGUCAAUCUACUAAUCCAUAGUGUCCAAGCGACCCGAACGGCUCCCGCAGCUUUCACAAUGCCAGUUACAGUGUUACAUGUCGCGCUACAGCGCGGCCUCCAACACCUUAGCUAGACCAAGCCGCAAACCCAGCGUUAGGCGCCGUGCGGUAAAUUUACGCAUUCUUUUUAUAUAUUUCACUCCCACAUUUUGAUACUCGGUUGUGCUCACUAUAAUCGCCGGACGUCUUGAUAUCUACAACUGCCAUAUCCGCUGUCAAUGGAGAUACUGCCAAGUGUUCUUCCAGACUUGCUGCGAUAUAAUUUGCAGUGUGAGAAGCGGAUAUGUAUCAUUGGAGCGGGAGCGGGAGGUCUUGCUGCUCUGAAAGUCGUAUCAGAGUCCGCUUACUUCAAGUCAGGGAAAUGGUCGGUCAUCGCGUACGAGACCCGGGAAAAGGUUGGGGGAAUAUGGCUGCCUUCACCGCCGGUUGUUGACGACUACAAUGCUCCUGUGACGCCUCUUUAUGAUUCAUUAACCACGAAUAUACCUCAUCCUAUCAUGGCAUAUACCAGCUACUCCUUUCCGCCAGAGACUCCUUUGUUUCCGCCAGCGCAUGUAGUGCGAACGUAUCUUGAAUCGUAUGCUGCAUACUCCAAUCUUAUGCCCCUCAUCAAAUUCGAUACCGCAGUAUUAGAUGCACGAUGGGAAUCAACUCAGUGGAUAGUAACCCUUUCGGAUGGCGGACACUUUGCAUAUGACCACUUGAUCGUCACAAAUGGACACUAUCACUUACCCCGCAUACCAGAACUGCCAGGGUUGGCAGAUUGGAUGAAGCGUGGUAGAGCCUCUCACUCUGCAUGGUAUAGAAAACCUGAUUUUCUUGGGGACAAAAUACUUGUUGUUGGAGGCGGACCCAGCGGUGACGACAUCGCUGCUGAGAUGUGCACAGUUUCCUCGGUGGUUAUUCAUUCUGUCACGAUCCCUGGCACAGAGAAGAACGACCCUGAAAAUCUCAUCCGGAGAGGUCGGCUUAUCGAACUCAAGGCUGACGGACAAGUAGUUUUUGACGACGGCACGACGGAAGAUAAUAUCGACUACUGUAUUCUGGCAACCGGAUUCCGUAUGCAUUUCCCCUUCUUGGAGGGAGCAUCCAUGAUCAUCAACGAUAUACCACCGGACUUCCCUCCAUUACUUCCCGGCAAGCUUUUCAACUCAACUCACCACGUGUUCCCCCUUGCAAAGCAUUUAUUUCCGCUUCAAUCACUGUAUCCUAUCUCGUCGAUCGCCUUCAUGGGCCUGCUCAUAAGGGUCGUGCCGUUUCCACUCAUGGAGGCUCAAGCGCAUGCGAUUGUGCGAGCAUUUUCCGAUCCUUCAUCUCUAGAUCCUAUCGCAGAAACGGUCGAUAUCAUCACUCGCGGUGAUAAAAUUAAACGCGCUGGUGCUUCAACACCUCUAGCCGUCGCCAAGGCCUGGUUUCUAUUUAACAAGCAAGACCAGUGGGAUUAUCGAGACGCAAUGUAUCAAUUUGCGCAGGGCAUGGGGUCGGGGACUCCGCUCAUCAAAGUCACAAAGUGGGAGAAAGAAUUAUACAAUCUGACUCAGGAAAUGAGGUCUACAUGGGAAGAUUUGGAGAAGUCGGGAGAUUCAAUUGAGUGGUUGAGAGACGUCGGGAAGAAUGGGGUGCAGGACUGGGUAGAGUUGAUGUAUCGUGUGGUUGAUUACGCCAGGACUCCAAAGAACUCAUUGGGAAAAUUGUGAUUAUAGCGCAAUGCGACACGCCUCUCGUGUACAAACCAACAAAUAUUAUUACUGGGUAGUGUUAGCUCAACUGUUAUACCUCAGCAUACUACUACUAUCGUAAAGGAAUGUAUCCCUUACUUCUAUAAGAGAUCGCAUGAUCACUAUCAACCUCCG